GGGGACUGGAAGCCUGAAAAAGCGUCUCUUGUCGAGCCGAGACAGCGAAGCUCGGAGAGAGUCGGGGCUGUGCGUCUUUUGCCUGACAUUCAAAAGGGAGACAGGCACGCACAGGCAGCAAAGUGCAGGCUCUCCCCAAAGAAAGAAAGACGGCAAGGGAGUUAACCGAGGCAGAGAAUAGAUCUGCACGGGGAGGAGACGGUUCGGGUUGGGGACUCGCUGUUCCUCCCACUUCCCGGCGCAUUAGGAGCUGCCGUUCAGUCUUUUAUUGCUCAUUAAUUUAUUUUCCCCUGCUCUGCUGAGAGGUUUCUCGUCCGUCGCCAAGCGAUCCCCCCCACCAAGUGGAAAGCAAAAGGAAGCGGCGAGAAAACAGCACCCCCCCGCCACCUUUAGGGGGCCCGCCACGCGCUGGACUUGGUGAACCUGGACUCCGGAGGGGCUUUCCCUGAAUGUAGUGAACGGAAACAAGCCACCUUGGUCCAGCUUGAAAAGCUGUGGCAGGAGCUGAACCUGGCAAAAGAGAGUGAACGAGAGACCUUGUGAGGGAAAAUGCAUUGAAACUUUUGACAAACUUUUAUUUAGGGGGGUGCUUGAGCGGUGAGCGCGCGCGCGCCUGCGGUGUCUUGCCUCCCAGGAGGGUGAAAGAUCUGUUACAAUUCAGAGCCUUUCUGGUCCUGGAGAUUGUCCCAGAGAAGCGUCGGAUCCGAACCGAGCUGGGCCGAGGACGCUGAGAAGAGAGCGGGGGAGGGGGGGGGGACUGCGUCUCUGGCGCCUCGGAAGUGGGGCUUAUGAACGGGUGAAACCAGAGACAGAAGUCUCUCUCUUCCAACCCACCCCCCUCCAGUCCGGAGCCUUCCCAGAUCGCCCAGGAGGAGCAGCCCCAGGAAAAGGAAGAAGCCGAGCAGAGAGCCAGGAAGAAGCGCCCAGCCGGUUGAAAGUCUCAUUGGCCUUUCUCCAGGAAUCAUGAACUUUCUGCUCGCUUGGCUCCAUUGGGGGUUGGCGGCGCUGCUUUAUUUCCACAACGCCAAGUUAUCGCAGGCUGCUCCUACCCAGGGGGAUGGGAAGAAGCAUCACGGUGAAGUUAUCCCAUUUGUGGAUGUCUACAAUCGCAGUGCCUGCAGAUCAAUUGAGACCAUGGUGGAUAUUUUCCAGGAAUACCCUGAUGAGGUGGAAUACAUCUUCAAGCCAUCCUGUGUGCCCCUGAUGAGAUGUGCAGGGUGCUGUAAUGAUGAGGCACUGGAGUGUGUAGCCUUAGAGGUGCAUAAUGUCACUAUGGAGAUUAUGAGGAUUAAACCAUAUCAGAGUCAGCACAUAAACCUGAUGAGCUUCCAACACCACAGUAAAUGUAGCUGCAGACCAAAGAAAGAAACCAGAACUAGACAAGAAAAAAAAUCAAAGCGAGGAAGGGGGAAGGGUCAAAGGAGAAAGCGCAAGAGAGGCCGGUAUAGACCACAAAACUUUCACUGUGAGCCUUGCUCAGAAAGGAGAAAGCACUUGUUUGUACAAGAUCCCCAGACCUGUAAAUGUUCCUGCAAAUUCACAGACUCACGUUGCAAGUCGAGGCAGCUUGAGUUAAACGAGCGCACUUGCAGAUGUGAAAAACCAAGACGGUGAGCAGCAAAGAAGAAAGGGGCAGGGGAGGGUGGACAACCUUGGUUCUGGAGCCUGAUUUCUCACCUGGUCAAAAACACUAAUCCAAAUGGACACUAAAAUGAAGGAUCAGUAGAGCACAGCACUUUUGAGUACAGAUGAUGGACUCAGGAAGGAACAUUCCCUGAAGACCCGCACAGGAUUCACCUUUUGGUUUUGAACUAGUUUGAUAUACAGACUUUCCUUCUCAUGCUGCUAAAUAAUAGAGCCAGGGAGACUAGAAUGGUAUAUGUUUUGGGACGCUCAUAUUUACAUGAAUAAUAUAUGUGUGUGUGUAUAUAUAGAUAUGCAUAUAUAUUCUGACUUUUAAAUCCUUGCUAACAUUAUUGGUGUCUUCACUGGAUAUACUCAACUGCUGUGGACACGUGGGCUACUUGGGGUGUAAGAACAACUAUGACUGGACUUCAGCCAAAGUGAUGCGUGUAUUCUUCAUCCCUUGCUGAUUUUUCAUGAGCAUACUGCUCCGCCAGUGUCAUUCCCUGCAGUUCUGUAGAGGGAGACAUUUGUACCAGAGAGGAGGAAGCAGGGAAUUCCAAAGAUGGCACCUUGGGAUAUUAUGGGUCAAAGGUCAAGGAAAUGAGUCAAGAAGCUGGAACUGAGGAUUCCACCAGCUUCCCUUCCCCUCCUCCUCUAAAUUCUUUGCCCCUAUUUGUAUCAUGACAUUCUACUUUUCUGGGACACGAGAAACUGGUGUAUGUUUUUUGUUUUUGUAAAAAUUGACUUGUUGCAGAACUCUGCCAUGGAUAUAAAUUCUGGCCUUAAUGAUGGGAAGUGGAUGACACAAGAACUUUUCAGCUUGAGAAAACAUCACUGGAAUCUUCCACCCUUGAUGGCUAC